AUGGCUGAUGCCUCAAGAGCUGCAAUAAUCGAGACAUUGCGAAAUAUGAAUAUUUCAUUUCCAGACACAGCAACAUUAAGUCAACUUAAGAAAUUAGUUGCUGGUGUUAUUGAGGAAGUGGACGAGCGGUCCGAGUCAACAAUAUUAGCAAAUGCAACUUCAGAAAUAGUAAUAGCAAAUGCGACUUCAGAUGACAAAAGUGACGCCACCAAUACAUACGAUAAUAAUGCCGCCAUUGUGACAUAUACAAAACUCGAUAAAAGUGAUGCCAAUGAAAAUCAGUGCAGUGAAAAUAAUAAUGCCGCCAUUGAGACAUAUACAAAACUCGAUAAAAGUGAUGCCAAUAAAAAUAAGUGCAGUGAAACCACAGCUAAAAUUAAACAUGCUGUAAACACCGGCAAUGUAAACACUUCAGUUAACACAGAUGAACUUAAGUUACGAGUUAAACUGCUGGAAAAUCAAAUAAGAAUUAUGGAGAUGCAAAAUCAAAUAUCAAUUAACUCUACCCAAUAUAAAGAAAUAGAGCAAGUGUCAAAGAAAUUCAGUGGCGAUGAUGACAUGGACGUCAUAACUUGGAUUGAGGAUUUUGAAAAUAUAUCCGCAGUGUACGGAUGGACGGAGAAAGUUAAACUGGCUUUCGCUCGGCGAAUGCUUACUGGCACUGCUGAAUUGCUGUUGGGUUUUACGGAAGUUAAUUCUUGGGAACAACUCAAAGAAUUACUUCAAAAAGAAUUUACAAAAACCUUAAGUGUUAGAGAUGUUUUUAAAAAGUUGGAAACACGCGCCUGGGAUAAAGGAAAGGAAUCGCUACUGCGUUAUGUGAUAACGAUGCAGAACAUUGCGAGCAAAGCACCUGUGUCGGAGGAAGAACUAAUUGAAUACAUCAUAAAUGGCCUUAAAGACAGAUCAACAAAUGUAGUUAUGCUUUAUGGAGCCACAUCAAUAGUAGAGCUUAAAAAACUGCUACUAAAAUAUGAAAAAAUCACGGAAGUUACGGAUGCAAAAAACAUGAUAAGUCGACCGUUUCAGAAAUCACAAGCUAAACGAGAUUUUCCUGUGGUUAACAAUAAUGCUACUGAUGAAAAUCAUUCAAACGUGCAAAACAAGCCUGUACGCUGUUUCAAUUGUUCGGGAUAUGGCCACUAUGCUGUUGACUGCAAAAAGGAAAAACGAGGAAGAGGGUCCUGUUUCACAUGCGGCAAAUUCGAUCACGUGCACAGUGACUGUCCGAAAAAAUCUGUAAACUUUGCUGCUAAUAAUGAUGACGAUUAUGAAAAAGUAGAAUUUGAAAAAAAGGUAAGUGUUGCUUUUAAUACCGAUUGCGAACCUGAACUUAAAUUUGACUGUUUUCUAUGUCUGCUGGAUACGGGUAGCCCUAUUAAUUUUGUAAAGCGGUCGGCAAUAUUAUCUGCUAAUCCUAAGAUCCAAUUACAUGAUAAUAAAAUGUCGCAGUAUGUAACUCUGGGACAAAGUCAAUUAGAAAACAGGCAUAAUUUAAAUAUAUUGGAAAAGACAAAGGCAGAUCACAUUGUAGGUAGAACAUUUAGAGAAAUGUGUAACAUCACAAAAAGUGAUGGUGAUUCCUUAAAUAUUAACCCAAACUUAUCCCGCGAUUGGACAACAAAAUGGGAAACAAUGAUAAAAAAUAAUUACAUACAAAAACCGUUAGCAAAUUUUUUGGACACUGAUUAUGAGGCAAAAAUAGAAAUAAAAACAGACACACCAAUUUUCUGUUCACCACGACGGUUGUCUUUUGCCGAAAAGAAUGAAGUAAAUGAUAUAAUUAAAGACUGGCUCGAUAAGAAAAUCAUUAGACAUAGCGACUCCCCGUAUGCAUCACCAAUAGUUCUUGUUAAGAAAAAAUCGGGAGAAACUAGAAUGUGUAUAGAUUACAGAAACCUGAAUAAACAUAUUAUUAGAGAUAAUCACCCACUGCCACUAAUUGAAGAUUGUUUAGAAUACUUAGGGGGUAAGAACAUAUUUACAUUAAUGGAUUUAAAAUCGGGAUUUUUCCAUGUAAAUAUACCUAAAAUAUACCUCGUUUGUGGUACCUAA